CAGAGCAGAAAAAGAAAUGGAAUUGAAUGAAUAUCUUAUGGUAGUUCCAAUAGAUGUACUGCAAUCAGAGAUGGCUGCUUUUAGUGCAAAAUUCAAAACUGAUGAUGAGCAAACAGCAAAACGAAGAGCUUUGGCUGCAAAACUAGAAGCAAAUGUAAAAGAUUUACAAGCUGCUUUUGAAAAAGUAGAGAAAAUAGAAACAUCCAGAGAAGUUGAAUCAAGAGAUCACUUACAACCACUAAUUAGAUGGAAGACUAGUAUAACCGAACCAUCAGAUCACCAACUAUUCAUGGCGUCUACAGCACUACAAAUAACCAAACCUCCUAUGAUUAGAAAUAUCAAAUUUGAAGAGACCGCACUAGAUAGAACAAUAUCAGACAGAAGACCCACCAGUUCUGUCUCGGAGCAGCGCAGCAAAAUUCUAAGGAAGGAAGUAGACCUGGGAACUAAAGGUAAACUUACCCCACAGCCUUCGCACAGAUUAUCUGGUCUUCUACCAGCUGAUUUCAGCAAGCAACCUGCCGAGAUUGCAUUGCAAGAAAUACUAGACUAUAACAGGACUCUGCUUCCAGGCUAUAAAGCAAACUUGCAAAAAACAUUGCAACUUGCACAGCAACAAUUUCUGCAACAACAUCUUCUUGUAUGGGAAGCAAACCAAUUAACACCAAAGGGCUAUCCCCAAAAACUGAAUUUGUUAAAGAGAAAACUAUUGGGACCAGAGAUAAAGAACAAUAUAAAAGGGGGCACUCAUUCUUCACCCUUUCAGGGACUAACUCCUCUGGCUAAUCAAGUUCGAGAUUUGGAUUCAAUUGCUGUUUGUGGAAAGGGAUGCAGUCCUCAGAGAAAACUUGGAACCUCCGCAGCUAUAUGGCAAAAGCUAAGAAACAACUGAUCUAAUUUUAAUCUUUUUUGGAUUAAUUCAGUAUGCAGCUAUCUUGUAAUAUUCAACUUUGCUGAAUUGUGGUAAGGAAAAAUUAAGACAUGCUUGUAUGAAUCUGCUUUGAGACUUGUGAAAACUGUAAUCUGCAUUGGAAUGACAGUUAAAAUAUAUG